CCAGGAUAGCCACUGACUGACUGAAGAGCAUCCGUUCUGUGCCGAUGGAGGCGGAAGCAGGGGAGGAGCCGGGGAGGAGCCGGUCAACAGCCCCCAAAGAUUUCCACUUCUACCACAUGGACCUGUAUGACUCUGAGGAUAGACUGCAGUUCUUCCCGGAAGAAAACAACAGAGUCAGGAGAGAAGUGACCCAAGCCGAACUGACCAACGAGCCAAGAGGGGCGGGGAACAGUAUGCAUCCUCAGAAGGAUACAGACGAGCUUGUCCAUCUAUACGGGCUUGAAGAUGACCAUGAGUUAGGGGAGGACUUGGAUGAUGAACACAGACUGGGGCCUCUGGGGUAUCCUUCUCAUGGGAUGAGGAGAGAGCCACCCAGGGAGCAGAGAGACUGGGGACUUAGCGGUGAGGCAGCUGAGGCCGAGGGUCUGGACUAUGGAGGACAAGGCCUUCCUGACCAGUGCCAAGACCUUCGGGAAGCCUACAGGUACACGCAUGGCCGUGCCAGCGAGGAGUAUGAAUGCUAUGUCAUCCCAGAGGAGGAGGAUGAAGAAGAGCCUGCUGAUGUCUUCUGUGUCACUUGUAAAACUCCAGUCAGAACUGUUGAGAAGGAUUUUGAUAUACACAAGGAACAUGAAGUAGCCCCAAUCAACAAAGCACUAGAAAGUGCCAAGGAUGAAAUUCAGAAAAAUAUGUGCAAAUUGGAACAGCAGAUUAUCGAGAUGGAAAAUUUCGCUAGCCACCUAGAGGAAGUGUUCAUUACUGUGGAGGAGAAUUUUGGAAGACAAGAACAGAACUUUGAGUCACAUUACAAUGAGAUCUUGGAAACCCUUGCUCAAAAGUACGAAGAAAAAAUUCAAGCUCUAGGGGAGAAAAAGAAAGAGAAGCUGGAAGCCUUAUACGGACAGCUGGUCAGCUGUGGAGAAAACCUCGAUGCCUGCAGAGAGCUGAUGGAAACCAUAGAGGAGAUGUGUCAUGAAGAAAAGGUUGAGUUCUUAAAGGAUGCAGUGGCUAUGACUGACAGACUGGGGAGAUUCCUGAAAACCAAGACAGACGUGGAGCUGUCUGCACAGCCUGAGUUUGAAGAUCAGACCUUGGACUUCUCUGACGUAGAGCAGCUGAUGGACUCUAUCAACAGCAUUCCAGUGCCCUCUGCUCCGGUGAUAAAUCCCCAGGCACCCAACUCAGCCACAGGUUCUUCAGUCCGUGUGUGCUGGAGCCUGUACUCUGAUGACACUGUGGAGAGCUAUCACCUGUCCUACAGGCCAGUGCAGGACAGCUCAUCCAGCAAGGACCAAGCAGAGUUUACCAGGACGGUCAAAGAAACAUAUUGCUCGGUGACAAAUCUUGAGCCAAAUACCCAAUAUGAAUUUUGGGUCAUAGCUCAGAACAGGACCGGGCCCAGCCCCUCUAGUGAGCAUGCCGUGUAUAUGACAGCCCCGUCUCCCCCCACCAUAAAAAGCGAGGCACUCAGAAGCUGUGAAGAGGCUGCGCUGGUUUGCUGGGCAUCUGGGGACCUGGAUCCUGUGGACUCCUACACGGUGGAGCUGAUCCAGGCAGAAACGCCAGAAUCCUCGGGGGUAACAGAAUCUGUUGUAGGCAUCCCAACCUGCGAGUCCCUGAUUCAGCUGCAGCCUGGACGCAGCUACACCAUCUACGUUCGAGCCCUCAAUGUCGGGGGCACCAGCGCCAGGAGUGAGCCUGCCACAGUUCACACCACAGGAAGCUACUUCCAAUUGAACAAGGACACCUGCCAUCCCUGGCUGACCAUUUCUGAAGAUGGCUUUACAGUGGUUCGAAGUGAGAAGAAAGGUUUCAGAAGGGAGCCACCACCCAGCAAGACGAAGUUUAGCAGGUGUGUUGCUGUCAUGGGAAAUCUAAUUCCAGUCCGAGGACGCCAUUACUGGGAGGUGGAGGUAGAUGAGCGGUUGGACUAUACUGUUGGUGUGGCCUGUGACGAUGUCCCUAAACAGGAAGACCUGGGAGCAAACUGCCUGUCCUGGUGCAUGAGGCAUACAUUUGCCUCUACAAGGCAUCGGUAUGAAUUUCUGCACAACAAGACAACUCCAGACAUAAGAAUCACAGUUGCUCCGAAGAAGAUCGGCGUCCUGCUAGACUAUGAAAACUCCAGGCUGUCAUUUUUCAAUGUGGACAUCGCUCAACACCUGUACACAUUUAGCUGUCAGCUCCACCAAUUUGUGCAUCCCUGUUUUUCUUUGGAAAAGACUGGACGCCUAAAGAUCUGCAAUGGCAUUUCAAUGCCAAGGCAUGUCACUUUCUUUUAGCUCCCUCUGAUGUUGUUUCCAGCCUUUCUUCUGUCCUCUCCCUCAGCCACCCUCACCUCGCUGGCUGAACUUGGUUUUCAAGUUUCCUACAGCCAGUACACGCUAAAGCUCAUGUUAGUGUCUAGUAGAUGGUGUGCUGGAU